UGUUUCCUGCCGGAGCAGGUGGGUGCAGCUCUGCGGCUGAGAGAAGCUCCGGAGCUAGUAUUGGUUUAACCCCCUUGAUGCCUUUUCUCUCCCAGCUGAGGUGUCUGGAACGUCGAAACAUCAUGAUCAAGGUUUUAACGAGCUCUGGGAAGGUGACUCUCUUCCACCAGGAUUUGCAGAGUGGGGUCACCUAUCAGGUCCCUGCACUGCUGUAUAUCCCCACAGGCAAACUCCUGGCAUUCGCAGAGAAACGCUCCUCUGCCAGGGACGAGGACGCUGAGUACCUGGUGCUGAGACGAGGUCAGAAGACAGGGACUUUGAUCGAGUGGGAGCCCAGCGAGCCCUUGAGGAGCGCAGUGUUACCGGGUCACCGCACGAUGAACCCCUGCCCGGUGUACGAGCAGAAGAGUCAGACUGUCUUCCUGUUCUUCAUCUGCGUGAGGCAGCACAUCACAGAGCAAAGGCAGAUCCUCACUGGGCGGAACGCCGCCCGGCUGUGCUACGUCUGCAGCGGAGACGCCGGCCGGACCUGGAGCUCGUUAACAGACUUGACGGAGCAGGUGAUUGGGGAAGAUUUGAAGGUCUGGGCCACAUUUGCCGUUGGACCGGGGCAUGGGGUGCAGCUCCGCUCCGGGCGGCUGGUGAUCCCGGCUUACGUCUACCACAUUACCGCUCGCUGCUGCCGCCUGCCGCUGCCCUGCUGGACCCAGCCCCAGUGCUUGGUCUUUUAUAGUGAUGACGGCGGGCAGUGCUGGCACAAGGGUGAGCUGAUUAAGGGCAUGAAGACGGGGGAGUGCCAGGUGGCCGAGGUGGCAGGCCAGGCCUGCGAUCCCGUGCUGUACUGCAACGCCCGCAACCCGUGCCGAUGCCGGGCAGCAGCGCUCAGCAGAGACCAGGGGCUGACAUUCGAGAGCCCCUCCUCAUGCAAGAAGUUGUGCGAACCGCCUCACGGCUGCCAGGGCAGCAUAGUGAGCUUCACACCGACACCGGGGCUUCUGGAGGCGGAUCACAGAAGGGCCGACACCCCAGUCCACGAGACGACCUGCCUGUUGAACAGUGGGAAUGCCGCCUCCGAUAUCCACAGAUACACCAUGUCAUGGCUGCUUUACUCCCACCCGACGAGUAAACGCAAGCGGGUUGACCUGGGCAUCUACCUCAACCGCUCUCCAUUGACGGAGGCCACCUGGGAACACCCCUGGCUCCUGUACGAAGGGCCGUGUGGUUACUCAGAUCUGGCCGUGUGCCAGGAGGCGCCAGCGCCGCUCUUGUUUGGCUGCUUGUUUGAGUGCGGGGUGAAUUACGCAUGUGAGGCGAUCGCCUUCCAGCUCUUCUGCUUUGAGGAUCUCCAGAAGGGCAGAGGCUCCCCCCGCUCCCUGGGACAGCAGCCCAACACAAAGCAAAAAUCCGACUAGCGAGAGAGACACACACUCACUCCCCCCGGAAGAUCCCCACCCCCAUGAGGCCUGGGCUUCCGAAAGCAGCCUCUUCUUUCGGGUGUCUCUGGUCCAGGACUUCCUAGGGCCUGGGUGGGCAAACUAUGGCCCGUGGAAUGAGUGUAAUAAUUUCUGUGGAGUUGUGACAACUGUUUUGUCAGAGUUGAUUUGCCAUGGCCCUGUGCUAAAAUUCUUAUGGCCUUCCAAUGGAAAUUCUUAAUGUCCACCACUGCCCGCAGCUGGUUAGAAUCACAUCAACUCAUAGGGGCAGGAACUAGGGGUCUGGGGGGUGCUAUAGCAACCCCAGGUUUUAUGUGGGGCUCUGCUUCCGGCCCCGCACCUGGGGUCCCGGCUGCUGGCCCUGCACCAGAGUCCUGGCUUCUGGCCCUGUGCCCAGGGUCCCGGCUGUCAGCCCCGUGCCUCGGGGCUCUGCUCCCAGCCCCACAUGCGGGGUCCUCUCCUGGCCCUGAGCCUGGGGCUCUGCCCCCGCCCCCAGCUGUGGCCCCAGCCUCAGUCCCCUUACCAUGUCCAUGUUCCCCCUCCUAGAGCCACGGCCCUGCUCCCAGCCUCAGCUCUAAGGGGUGGCAGGGAGAGCAGACAUGGGGGGGAAAGGUGCAGCAUCCCCACUAUAAAAAUGAUACUGGAAUCCGUCUUAAACCAGGUGCUUUUUCAUUUAGAAGGAGGGGUGGGAACCCAGAGAAAGACAAAGGAUUCUCGCCUUGUGCCAAAGAUAUAAAAGGGGGUGAGACAGAACAAAGGGAGCUUCCAGUCGAGAGAACACCCCGGCUUUCCAUCUAAGGCUUUGGCUAAACUUACACAUUAUACCACAAUAAAGCCUCCCAGAGCGCUCUACCUUACUCCCCGUUCACACUGGCAAGGCACGGAGAGCGCUCUGACUCCCUGGCUGGAGCACUCCUGGUACUCCACCUCCCCGAGAGGAUUAACAGCUGUUGCGCAUUGGCUGAGACGCUCCAGCUCCAGUGUAAAAGGGGGAGUAACGUUAUUACACACUGAUUGACCUCCGGAAACUCCCCAUAAUCCUUUUAACUGAAGGGUCCUCUCUUGUUUUGUUGUGAACUCCGGAUGUGGAAGUGCCGUUUCAAAGCUCCGUUUUGGGGGCUAUCAAAAAACCAAACACAGCUACUGUUGGCUUUGAAUGAGUGAGAGGCAGGCAGGGGGGCUCCGUUUGGAGCGCCGACAGUCAAUGUUUGCUUGAAGAGAGAAUCGGCGCGGGGGGAAGGGGGAUGGGGACCCUUUCGGCGAGCGGCUGCUUAUCUCGUCUAUGAGAAAAAAAGAAACAGCUGCCCUUUGCUUUCAGUGAGUGAGAGAGAGGCGGGGGAGGGAGGGGGGUCUGUACUUACAAGGCAGCACGCUGACACACUCUCAGCCCCCCAAAAACCCACUCUCUUUCCCCCCCACGCUCCCUGUCACACUCCACCCCCACCCCCAUUUGAAAAGCACGUUGCAGCCACUUGAAUGCUGGGAUAGCUGCCCAUAAUGCACCGCUCCCAAUGCCGCUGCAAAUGUGGCCACGACAGUGUGCUGGCAGAUGGCAGUGUGGACAGACUGCAGCGCUUUCCCUACUCAGCUGUACGAAGGCGGGCUUAACUCACAGCGCUGUACAUCUGUAAGUGUAGCCAAGGCCAAAGAUGUCUGCUGGAACUGACAAGGACUGUACCAGGGGAAUGGAUUGGGCCCAGACUAGGAAGGAGUCUAGUCUGUGAAAGAAGCUUAUUGGACCAUCUCUGA